AUGGAUUCGCUGACUGGUCAAGUAUCAGCCAUCGUCGCGAAGCACGACAAACUCGAAAGAAAAUGCGCAGAACAACAAGCAGAGCUGGAAGACCUCCACGCCAAGAACCAGGAUUACUUCAACGAGAAGAAGGUUUCCGACGAUGUUCGUGUGCAGCUUGAAGCAAAACUAGACGAGAAGGAUUGCGAGAUACUCAGGCUGAGUGUUCUCGUCGACAACUGGAAGACGGACUGCCAGGUAUUUAGGGACGAGCUCGUCAAGGUCCGCGCCGAAUACGAGCUCGUUUCCGACAAACAUGUUGCCGUCAAAGAGCAGUACCGCAAUGGUGACGCCAAGCUUGCUCGUCGGGAGCUGCAAAUCAAAAAUAUGAUCACCAUCAUGCGUCGCAAAAUCGCCACAAAUCGGGUUGUUCUCGUCGCUCUCAAGGCCGCUGCCAAGGUUCUCCCUACUUUGAAGGAGAAGCGUCGCUACGCCAGGAUCUUUGAAUUGGCCAAGCAAGCCCCUUACAAAGACGGAGUAUCGCGGGAGCUUGCUGGGGUUCUGCGGGAGGCUGGCUUCAAUCUUUCUUGGGUCGAACCUGGUGCCGCCACGCAAACCCCGGAGCAGAUGUCUGAAGAGCCAACAACUGCAGCUGCUGAGCAGGAUACAGACAUGCAAACCUCGUCGUCACAGGGGGUAGUAAACUAA